AUGCUGCACCUCGCAGUAGAAAAUGUUAAAGAAAAUAGAAUGUCCUCUGGAACAGCCGAAAAAACAUUUGAUAUACCUAGGCGCACCAUCCUAAACAAAGUGAAAGAGUGCCAUAACAAAAAUGUUGGAACUCCUACUCGACUCUCUUUCCAAGAGGAAAAGAGUAUUGUUCAAGCAUUGAUUGCAGCCGGCGAAUAUGGUUGCCCACUAACGAAGCUUGAUUUACGUUUGACUGUUUUUGAAUAUCUGAAAAAAAAAUAA